UUGAAUUCUAUAGUAUUUCUCUUCCGGACUGGAAACAAGGAUUAUGUUGUUAGUUCCGCUCUGGAACUAAACAGUUGCGAGUGAAACUUAUUAAAAGAGAAAGAAGCUACAAGAUUAAUAGACAUGAUAUCGGUCGGCUCUUUUCCAUAAGCUGUGAGUGAAGAGGUGCUGUCCAAAAAACAUGGAAGGAGAACAGAAAGCAGACUGUCAGCAGCCAGAUGGCAAUGCAGAAACCUCUGUUAAACCCACAGGAAAAGAUGUCACGGAACAAAACCCAUCGACUUCACAAACAUUAGGAAGCGAAGGAGAGGAAGUUGUAAAUGACAUUAAAGUUGGAAUGAAUGAAGGGUCUGCAGCCACCGAAGGCACAAACAGUAAUAAAGAGGAAGAGUCAAAACCAGCAAAAGGUUCACUGAAAACAGACGUCCACAAUAAUGAUGAAGCCGACAAACAAGGCGAUUUCAGAGGAGAGGCACCAGAGACUGAGAAGCCAGAGGAUAAAAUGCCUGACAAAUAUCCCAGUAAAAUAACAGCCACACCUGCAGACGGGGAGAGUUCAAAGACCUUAGAUAAUGAGGAGACACCAGGAGAUGAAGAUUUAGCUAAAGGUGAUAGCUUACUGACUAUGGACAAGAACUCCUGUCAACAAGCUAUUGAGGAAAGGCAGGACAAUUCCACAGGAGACUCAUUAAAGCAGGAGGUUUCUACUGUCUGCUCAGGUUUAAAGUCUCAGGAGGACCCUUCAAAGGAAGAAAAAGAAGAAGAGAACGAGUUGAUAAAAAAGGAUGUUAAAACCAUUUGUUCUGCAGCAACACAGGCUGAUCCUGCACAAGACACUGGAGCCCUUGGAGAUGUAGAUUUAGCUAAAGGUGAUAGCUUACUGACUAUGGACAAGAACUCCUGUCAAUCGGCUAUUGAGGAAAGGCACGACAAUUCCACAGGAGACUCAUUAAAGGAGGAGGAAUCAACUGAUGGUAGAAGAACCUCACACAUGUCUCAGGAGGAACCAGGACGAAAUGAAGAUAUAGAAACCAUUGGUCCGACUACACCGGCUGAACCUUCAGCUGACACUGGAACCAUUGGAGGAGGUUUGAAAUUAUUGAUGUCGGUGGCUCUAGUAGCUCUUGUUGCCAUCUUGGUACAGAAUCUCCUCCAACCUAAACCCACAAUUCAGAAGAAGGAUUUGCCAAAAGUGGACAUCUUCCUUAAGCAGAUGGAGAAAGUAAAGACGAGGUUUCCUAAUCAGCGAGCCGAGCUGUGGAGCAGGAGUGUGAUCCACCUUAAGAGGCACCUCCAGACCAGCCAGCCCACAGAGCCGGUGAGCCUGAUCCUGACGUCAGGUUUUAGAGCAGAGAACACCAUGCGCUGCCUGGCUCAGGACGUGGCCUCUGCCUUUUCCGCCGCCCUGAAUGCCUCCGUCCUCCACAUUGACGGGGCCAGUACAGCCAGCCAAGACAGCGACCAGGUCAAACUGGACAUUGACAGGAAGCUGCAGGGAGCUUUUGAAGGAGACAAACCUGUAGCCGUGAUCCACCGCCUGGAGGAGCUGCCUCCGGGCUCCACGCUCAUUUUCUACCGCUACUGUGAUCACGAGACUGCUGCCUACAAGAACACCCUUCUGAUCUUUACAGUGCUGCUGGGCGAGGAAGAAGAGAUCCCAGCCGAGAUGCGUUUGAGCAUCGUGGAGGAGAUGGUGGACGACUACCUGAAAAAGAGGUUUCUUUCUCAUGGCCAGCCAGUGUCUUUCGACAGGAUGGAUCUCAACAAAUAUGGUGGACUAUGGAGCCGCAUCUCUCACCUCAUCCUGCCGGUGGUGGUAGAGGAAAGAAUAGAGCAUAAAGGAUGCUAGAAGCCUCAGUCAGUGCAGACAUCUGAGAAAUAUACCCUGCUGCUCUUAGCAUUGGUUUUAAAGAUCCAAAUGUUUCUUAAAACAAUUUUAUUGACCCUCAGUCAAACGUCAAGAGUCGUUAGGAGGUUGGACAUCUGUGAGAAUUGUACAUUUUAUGAAGACGUUUGUGACAAAAAUGCUGUUGCACUUUAAUAUUUUAAUUCUUUAAUUAAAUUAUCAGUGGAUUGGAAAAUGUAGAUUGGGCGUUAAAAUGGUGGGAUUUUAAAAACACUCGAUGUAAGACUCAAUUCAUCUUUGCAGAACUGUUUGUUGGCUGAAUGGCACUAUGUGCCUUAAAUUAAGCCUCUUACUUUUUGUAUAUAUAUUUUGGGCUAUUCUGGAUAAAAACAUUUAUUCAAUGUGCCUUAAAACAAUUAAAUCAUAUUUGAAAUGUAAAGAGCUGGUUUUAUUGUCUCAGAGGGGGACUGCACCAGAGGCAGGGUGCCUGUGAAGACUUGGAAGCUCUGGGAUUUUUAAGGAUUUUCCAGAUUAAAAGGAUAGAAAAAAUAAUUUGCAUUUUUUGUUAUUUGACCAUGAUUCAGUUUUGUUUAGACCAGGGGUGGGCAAUUCCAGUUCAAGAGUGCUGGUAUCCUGUAACUUUUAGAUUCACCUCGGUCCAACAACCUGAAUCAAUGAUCUUAGUUACCUCCUCAGUUUGCAGUCAGUUCCUCCAAUUAUCUAAUUGCUUGAUUCAGGUCUGUUGAACCAAAGACGCAUCUGAAAGUUCCAGGAUACCGGCCCUCGGACCCAGAAUUUACUGGCAUCAUUUUCUGAAGGACAGGUGUGGACAUGUCCCCCACAAACUUUUCCAUGGAGGGGACAGUCCCCACCUAAAGUUUACACUUUUUUCCCCUUUCUGCUGAUUUAUUUCAGCCAACAAUAACUGGGAAUCCGAUCUGCCAUUUUAGGACAUGAUUAUCUGGAGUCUUAUUUCACUGCGGACAUAGUAGCUUUUUCAGAGUGUACAUUUCUAUAAGUUAAAAAAGCUGGGCUUCUUAGAGGACCAUUACUCAGAGUUACAGAUUAAAAUUACCACAUAUCUAUAGUUUUCUUAUUGAACAGAGAAUCUGACUGCAGAGCUUUAGAUAUCUUGAAAAGGAUUUUCUCUGUCGUCAUUAUAUUGGUAGACAGGUUCAUGAACCUGAUUUUAAGCAGAGCAGAGACACAAUUAGGGAGAGCUGCAGAUUUAAAGGUGAAACACAUUUACUGUGAUAUGCAACAUGCAAUAAAAUAUAUCUCCAAGUUUACAAGAAAAA